GAUUUUUCUCCUUGGAAAAUGGAAUUAUUGUUGGGAUUUCUCAUGCACAUCAUUGUAACCGUAAUCACAACAAAUGGAUUGGAAGACUUGCCAAACUUUGCUUGUGAUUUCGAAGGGAAUGACUGUGGAUUCACUGGAUACAUGCCGACAGAUUUCAACUGGGUCUGGGAUAACGCUUCGACGGGCAUUGGCCCCGAUGUAGACAACACACUGCGAACAAGUAUAGGUCAUUAUCUAUCCGUGAAUACAAAAUCACCAUCGACCUCCUCACUUGCACGGACCGGUUCUCCGUUUUUUGCCCCGAUCACGGAUGUCAUGUGCCUCGAGGUGUUCGUCUACUCAUCGUCGUGGUCGACAUUCGCGCUGACUGGUUUCGCCAUCGCCCCGGAAUUCAAAUCCUUCAUGGAAUUGGGUAGACUGUCGGCUGGACGAGAUGGCACGUGGAAGAAAGACACGCUUCAGAUACCGCCUCAAGAACUGAUGUUUCAGCUUGUUUUCGUAACCCGGAAAUCAGGCUCUUCAGACGGUCUCAUUCUGGCAAUAGAUGACAUACUGAUCACGACAGGGUCCUGUUCCGCUUUUGAUGACAUGGAUUGUACAUUUGAGGAUGAAAACACAUGCGGUUUCACUCAUGACCUAACGGCUGACUUUGAUUUCAUCAGACAGAACUCUGGCACUCCUACUAGUUAUACAGGCCCAACGAUGGACCAUACCCUUAACAAUGAAAACGGUUAUUACAUGCGAAUCGAAGCCAACAAAAUACUUCUGGGGAGCACGGCACGCCUCAUCUCUCCUGCCUUCAAGAGUUCCCGCUCUUUCAAAAAUCCAUCCUGCCUCAUAUUUUGGUACCAUAUGUAUGGCAAACACAUGGGAAAAAUGAAUGUGUAUGCAAUGACCACGGAUACUUUCCCGUCAACGACCACGAUGUCCUCGGCAACUUUGAUUUGGAGUUCGAAUGGGGAUCAGGGUGAUGGAUGGAAAAUGUCAGAGGUGGCCAUUGAUAUGAGUAAAGAUUUUGUGAUAAUUUUUGAGGCUAUUAGAGGUGACGGGAACAAAGGAGAUAUGGCUAUUGAUGAUGUACAAUUGAUGCAUUCUGUUGAUUGUCCAGAAUCUGAACUCACGACACAAUCUGUUAAAGACUGGAUUACACUUCAUUCGAACCCAGUUACCCAGGAAAUCAAUACUGCGAAGACAAAUCCAUCCAUCUCAACAGUGAGCAAGGAUAGAACGUCAGAAGCAUUCCAGCCAACGACACAAGUGGACAGCACUUAUGAAAACCUUUCUCCUCAAUCUCCGACGACAGAAUCAGAGGUCCUCAAAUCAGUAAGUCCGUUGGCAAUAAAGGAUCGUACAACUUUGCAAGAAAGAACUACAUCAUAUUUUCCCAGAACCACAGGUUCAGACUAUUUUCUGUCGGAAUCUGCGUCUGGAGUUGUUACUGAUGUGACACAUGAAGGAUCUAAGUCUAGAGAACUAUCGACGAUACCAACUAAUAUCAAUACAAAUCAUACAACAGCCAAACCAACGCAGAAAACAACAACAAUCCUGCCUGAAGAAACAUCUCCAAUGGAAAAUACGUCUUCCUCUUUCAAAUCGAAGAUCAGUUCGUCAACCUCGAAUCAGACGACAACAUCCUUUAGCAGUCCCAAACAUUCCACUGGUACCGGAUUGGCUUCUUCAAUAGACCCGACUAAGCUUCCGACUUUCUUUAGUCGAAUACGCAGCCCUGAAGCGAUGAAUCCUACAACUUUGCAUGGCAAUACAACUCCUUCUAAAGUUUCGAAAAUAAAAACUGUAAACUCACCAGCGUCACAUACCUCAACUGCGUCUGAAAUAAGCACUGAUCGUCAAUCGAUGGGCCCAACAAGCGUACGCGAAUCUACUACUCUUAGAGAAGCGAAAUCCUCUUUUUCAAAGAUCACCACUCCAGAGACAAUUUUGUCAACAGACUUCAUUUCGAUGCCUUAUUAUUCUACUCCUGAAGCUCACAACAAUCCAUCAACAGCAAGUAUAAAAAAUAGUCUUGGCACAUCUAUCGAAGAUGACAUAUCUCCACAAUGGACAACUGAUCAGUCCACGGUAAUGGAGGCAGCCACCACGCAAAAUUCAGAACACUCAUUAAGUCUUUCUGAAGAGACAUUUUCUCCGAUUGAAAAUUCCACCUUUAUGCAAACCAAGUCAGCUAUACCGACAACAAAUAUACCCUUAUCAAGGAAACAAACACAUGUAUACGUGGUAACGACUUCGAAAGCAUCAAGGACUGGGGCAACUGAUCCAGACGGUACCUCUCUACCAACAGGGCCAACGAGUGCCUCCAAUCUGACAGCAAGUACAUAUUCAACUUCCGUGCAUAGUUCUGUCACAGAAACUGCAAUAUCAAAUAGCAGCAUUCUUGGAUCAGCAAGUCCGAUUAUUCCAAAUGAGACGGAGAUUCACACUAAUCACACGACGUCAACUACAGUGACUAAAGAUCACUCAUCUGAGAAAAUGCAGCCAACGUUUUUGAAUGAGAGCAAGUCUACAUACUCUACCAGACCAAGUGAUAUCACAAUCAGCAACGAAAUGUCGACUUCCAAUCAUCCAUUUGAUUCAUACACACCAGCUUCUAAUACAACGGAUAACCAAUCAAUCACGGAUCAGUUUGUUAUACCUCAGAAUAUAUCAGUAUCUACCGUUGAAACCACAACGCUUCUUGCAUAUCUUUCUAAAACUGAAGACAACGCUAUAUCAUCAACAAAUGCUGUAGUUUCAAGGCGUCAGUCAUCUGCCUCACCAAAAGAAGAAUCGUCACACGAACCAGCGAUUAUAAGUGCUUCUUUCUUCGAGAAAAAUCAAGAGGCAGUUAUAUCCAUUGGGAUUAUACUCGGAUUGCUUGGCAUUGGAGCCACAGUAGCAGUGAUUAUUCGAUUUUGGAAAGCAGGCGCUAGUGCUCUAUCUUUUAAACAUAGAGGCUGCAACCGUGUAGGUGCUGUAGAAGCAACCGAACAGACAUUAAUUGAACCUUCAAAAGUAGAUGGGAUGUCGGAUUUACCAUCCGUUGAGUCAGUUGAAAUGGAAAACAUUUACUUUACUUGAAAUCUGUCUUGAAUUGUCAAUAUUCAAUUACAAAACGUUGAAAAAAAUAUCCGGCUUACCUCGAGCUCAUGGAUAUCAACUACUUUGUGCUGGUUCAUGAAUAUAACGGAAGUGUCUUCGAUUUGUACUACCGACAAUGGACAAACUAUUUAGGGAUUAUAUAUUAAAGUUAAAACGUACCGUAGGAAAGCCACCACGGUCACGCCACGAAUUACUAUAACGACAUCGCGAAGGCCCAUACCCCAUGCAUCCGGUACAUUACAAAGCCAGUGAGCCAUAUUUCAUUACUUCAUACCGGUCAGAGGGAUUGAGUGGUUCCAAAGCAGGUGUCACAUCGCAAAUCAACAGGAACUCUAGAGCCGUUUAAAGACAAGCAUUGUCAUAGAACAUUACAAACUUCGAGAAGACAUUCAGCCAGUUAGUCCAUGGUUAGAUGAACAGGCCACAUCUCCCAUAAUAGAGGAAUCCUGGAUGAGAACAUUUGCGAAGGCAUGGGGCCGGACCGAUGAGUCCCCUAACAUGCCUAACGCGAAUUCCAACUGGUUUACAAUUGGCGGAUAGUACAAUGUAGAUUAGGCAGUAUGGCCACCAUCGAAUUUGCAGCAGUAAGCUUUAUGGAUACCUGAAUACAGUCAAGAAAGCUGAACUCUCUAUGAAAAGCUCUUCCACCAAAUUUGCAACCAUCCAAUCUUGUACUUGGCCAUUAAAUUGCUAUGUGAGAGCACUAGUACUUUCGCGAAGCGAAGAAGCUGCAAGUAUAUGUUGCAUUAUGCGAUAAAAUAUAUUUGUAAUAUUUUCUAGAGUUGUGAAUUACAAUAUCUAAGACUUUUCAUCAAAAUCCUGAAAUUGUAUUUGUUUUGGAACGGAUGUCAUCAUGAUAAUCAGACAUGAUUAUUAUUUUUUUCAUAUGGUAUUCUGAGGACAAAACGAAUAAACAAUAAUCAACAAAGACAAUAAUUGACAAAGUA